CUGUGAGUGCUGCGCUGUGCCGUCUCUUUAUAUUUCCAUCCUAUCUCUCACCGUGAAUUCUCCGUGUGUCUUAAUUCAUUUUGUUAUGUGAACUCGAGUUUUGAAAAAUUUCGCCUGCUUUCUUUUCAUUCAUUCUGUUGCGAAAAAAAGCGGAAAAUUUCAAAUCAACAUCCGUUGAGGAAAUAGGUUUCAUUUUGUUGGCCUACACGACAUUUUUUUUUAAAUCCAUCACAUAACAGAGGAAAAACAACACAAAAGUGUCUUGACGAGUGUGAACGACGAGUCAUGGCUCUGGCGGCCGGUUCGUCAGCAACAGCUACAACGGCCGGUUCGAGGAGCUCAGCGGCAACACCGCCGGAUCAGCCAACUUUCCCACUGAUGCCGACUCCACUUUUCCCCGGAGCCGGAGGUGGAGGCCCGGGAGGUCCGGGAGGCCUCAUUCCGCCACCACCGGCACUUCCGACGCUCAACUUCAGCGUCAGUCAAGUGGCAACCGUUUGCGAAACACUCGAAGAGAGUGGUGACAUUGAGCGUCUUGGCCGGUUUCUGUGGUCGCUGCCCGUCGCCCAUCCCAACAUUGGCGAACUGAACAAGUCCGAAGCCGUUUUGCGUGCCCGGGCCUUGGUCGCUUACCAUAUGGGCAACUAUCGCGAACUCUACCACAUCGUCGAGUCUCAUCGGUUCACCAAAGAUUCGCACGGCAAGUUGCAGGCUAUGUGGCUGGAAGCGCACUAUCUGGAAGCAGAAAAGUUGCGCGGCAGGCCCCUCGGUCCCGUCGACAAGUACCGCGUUCGCAAGAAGUUCCCGUUGCCUCGCACCAUUUGGGACGGCGAGCAGAAAACGCACUGCUUCAAGGAGCGCACCAGAAGUUUAUUGCGCGAGUGGUAUCUGCAGGAUCCUUACCCGAAUCCGACCAAGAAACGAGAAUUGGCCCAGGCGACGGGACUGACACCAACCCAAGUCGGCAACUGGUUCAAAAAUCGAAGACAGAGAGAUCGAGCUGCCGCCGCUAAAAAUCGGCGAAUGGGAGGUCAUGGAGGCCAUCACAACAGCUGCAAUUAUUCGUCGGGAUCUUCGGCGGGAGGUGGACCGACUAGCAACAAACGCCAUCGGCCCGAUCACAGUCCGAACGGAAACGAUUCCGAUGACGAUGUCGAUCUGUUGAUGGACGACGCCAACGGUUCGGGACCGCUCAGUCCCGGCGCUGAAUCGCUUAUCGAUUCAGACAAUUCGAGCAUCUCGCUGACAGGUCCUCCGUCUCCCGUCGGAGACAUAACAUCCGCCGGGCCACUCGGAUCGACCGGCAACGACGCUGCCUCUAUCCUCAAGUCGAGCAUCGGCGGAGGCAUCGGUGCAAAUGGCCAGCCGUCGAACCCUUUGACUAUGUCGACUGGUGGCCUACUAUCCGAUUCCAUUCAUCAUCAUUCUCGGGAUCGGGAACAACAUCACGCGGCCGCCAUGGCCUUGUCUUCGGCCGGCCUGAUGGCACCCGCACCGCCAUCUCAUCACCAUCAUCACCAUCCAUCGGCUUUCUCCUUUGGACAUCAUCCGCAUCACCAUCCCUCUUUCGGUGCGAAUUCAUUGAUGGCUGCAGCGGCUGGUCUACAUUUCAAUCUAGCGGCUUCGUUGGGCAAUGCACCGUUGACUCCGUUCGGUGCUUUCGGAAGCCUAUCGAACCCAUUCGCAGCUGCCGUGGCUCCGUUCGGUUCGCGAUUCAACGGUGGCAACAACCGACCCAACGGUUCGAGUGGUAAACCACCGACCUCGUUCGACAUGUCGCUAGCCGAGACGUUGGGUCAUCAUCAUCACGCGGCAGCUAUGGCUGCGGCAGCGGCCGCAGCCGAACUGGCGGCCUACCAUCACGCCGCUCAGCAACAUCAACAACAGCAGCAACAACAGCAUCAGCAACAUCAACAGGCGACGACGCAAACGACGACCAUCGUCAGCCCAACAAUCGAGCCGCUAAAAUUGAAAAGCGAUCUCAUCAUCACGAGCAACAAGUCGAAUCAUAGCGGCGGCAGCAGCCGCAGCAGUAGGAGUAGCAACAGCAGCCGACAUAGUGAACGAUCGACGCCACCGACGCCUCCCACACCACCGCAGAAGACGUCCAUCCGUCACCAGCACGAAAUCGUGGCCGAAACUGGCACUCAAGCGAGCUAAUUUGAAACCCGAGUCAUCAUAGAGGGCCUGUCAAUGGCAUUGAAUUUGUUUAAGGGUCCUCUUCGUUAGUUUUGACCCACGUCAAAUUGAAAAGGGGAAAGAGAAAAAUUUCGUUUGCGAAAUGUUUCCAAUGAAAAAUGUUUUUGUUUUUUAUCUCGGCUGUUGUAUUAUUAGAACUGCUGCAUUUCCUUUUUUUUUUUUUUUUUGCCUAUACAGUAUAUCUUUGCAUCAUUUUAAAAUUCCGUGUAUUAUAAAAAAAUUGAUGGCUUUUUCCUGUUUUCUCCCCCCCCCUCCCCGUCUAAUACUCGAAUGUUUUUAACAGUUGAUGCCAGCUCUUGGUUGGCGUUGUGUUCGAUGAGCUUUGUACAUGACACAUGGACAUAUACUUACAUGGACAAUAUGAUUUUCUAUUCCCCUUCCUUAUUCCCAUUUUUGGUUUUUGUUUUUAAAAUUAGCGCGUGCUGUGUGAGUGUGUGAUUGUGUUUUGAUUUUUUUUAUUUCAUUGGACGUUGUUUAUCUUAUCAAUCGUCCUGUUCUGAUUUAUAUAUAUAUUAUAUUAUACUAUAUAACUGGAUGGUGUAUUAUUUGUCUAAUCAUUUUCUUCAGUUCCUCAUCCCGUUUCGUGACGAUUGAAACCUUUUUGAAUUGAGAAAAAAAAAGACAAACGAUAAAAAAAAAACAAAAAAACGUUGAUAUAUGAAAUCCCAAUUUGAUUGGUACGUGUGUGCGAGUGAUGUUUGCCUCUUCACGAUUGAACCCCUUAUUAUAUACGUAAUAAUAAUUGAUAUACUGUUGUUGUCCUCGAUAUACCCCCCGGGUUUGGCUUUACAACCUUUGACUAGAAUAUUCAUCGAAAUCUAUUGGUUCAAAUCGGCUUUGAAACGGGCUCUUAUACAAUUGCAGGUGGUUGGCUUCGGGGCGAAAGUUUGUUGGCACCUAUCAAACCCAUACGUAAACAGGGCAGUUAUUAUUAUUUUUUUUUCUACAAUAAUUCCCGUUUAAAAAAAAAAAAAAAAUCUUUUGUCAGCAAAUGUGAGAUUCCUUUUGUGGCUUGUUUUGCCCAUAAAUGGGACGUGUGUUAGCAGAGAAAAUAUCCAGUCCAAUAAUAGCUGAACCCAAAAUGCCCAAUGAAUCACCAAUUUCAUUUUCAUAAUCAUUUUCGGUUGAUUCCCUUUUUGUUUUCUUUUUUUAAAUCGGAAGAGGUUCGGUUUGUUUUCUACCAAUCCCGAAUGUCGUUGAUUUUCACGCAUGUUCAUCAUUUAUUCAUAGUCACGCGCACGUUUCAAUGUCUUUUUCCAGAAUAUUAUACAAUUAUGCCCGAUAUUAUUGCUAUGUUCAACUUGUCUUUCUGUUUGAAUCGUGACGAUCGCGAAUCGAGAUUGUUCAACGUUUUGUUAGUGAACACGCGAUUCGAUGACACGUUACACGCAACCACACACACACAUCACGAAACAACAA